CCACAGAGGCCUCAGCUCUCGGGAGGAGGACGUGGACCAGCCCGCCUGAGGCUCAGCGGACAUGUGGCUGCUCUCACUCCUGCCCCCAGCCCUGCUGCUGCUCAGGGUGGCUGCUGCUCUCCGCCUGGAGAAGGCUGCACCCCAUCUGCAGAGCUCAGAGAGGGAGCCUGAGCUGGGCUGGGGUCCUGACAGCACCAAGGAGCAGGAGGGAGACUUUGGCCUGUCCGAAGAGUCAGUUCCAACUGCGGGGCAUGAGGCCUGGGCUCCCCAGUGUCCAGACGCCUGUGAGGACUCGGAGGAGGAGGAGGACGGGCAGUCAGGUGCAGCUGCCCUGGACAAAGACUCGUCGUGCCCUGGGGAGGAGGACGCCGUCCCAGUCCAGGGGGGUCCCAAGUGUCCAACCUGCCACUACCUGCUGGUGCGGACGCCCAAGUCGUUCAGACAAGCUCAGAACGUCUGCAAGAGAUGCUACCGAGGCAACCUGGUCUCCAUCCACAGCUUCAGGGUCAACUCCCAGAUCCUCCUGCAGGCCAGCAAGAUCAACCUGGCCCAGGUCUGGAUUGGAGGGAUCCUCAAGGGCUGGUUCUGGUGGAGGAAGUUUCGAUGGACCGAUGGCAGCUGCUGGAAUUUUAAAUACUGGGCCCCGGGGCAGCCCAGGCACGGGAAAGGCUGCUGUGUGGCCAUGAGCACCAAAGGGGGCCACUGGCAACGCACCAGGUGCUGGAAGGGCCUGCCCUUCGUCUGCUCCUACUAGACCCUGCCCCGAGGGAGCCUCCUGCUUCUGCCCCCUGGCACUGGGCUCGGGCCAUAAAC